UAAGAGCAGAAUAUAAGAACGCUAAUUUCUUGCGUUUAUGAAGUGUGUGUGUGUGUGUGUGUGGUAGUGACUUCAUCAGUUUCCUUUGUUGAGUUGAAUUGACAUGGUGACCGUAACCAACAAACAAAUCCUCACCAGCUGAGAGAAAUGAUCGGUGAAACUGAAAACAGUUUAGUGUAACGGCAGCGCCCGAAUCGACAGGUUAAAUAACGUCUGUAAGCAAUCUAAGUGAAAGUUGAUUACUUUUUGAGAGAGGCUGAGAUGGAACACUCUGGAGAGUUCAGCUGUCCUGACUGUAACAUGGUGUUUCGCUCCUCUGGACUUUUGGACAAACACAAGUCCCGGUUCUGUAUAGGAAGUGCCAUAGGAGACCCGGCAGUGCUAAGGAGAGGACGAGUGGAAAUCAUUGAGCCUGGAAAGGUGGAUUUAAGGGUAUUACGCCCCACAAAAACAAAGACUCCUGAUCUAAUUCAUCUGAGCGAGCAGAGAGAUCGACUGCUAACGCAGACUGACAGACGAGAGACCUACAGAGAACCCAGCGUGGCUGACUGCCUGUCCUUUAACAAGCUCACUCAUGAGUUUCAUAAGCUGAGGAUGUCGGUUGAAGAGAGUCUGUCCAGAAGACACACACAGGGAUUGUAUCAAGGCAGAAAGUGGGUUGAUGGAGAGAGGCUUCAGGAAGUGUGUGAACACCAUGAGCAGAAGCUGGCUGAAAUCCGGUCACACACCACCCAGCUGGAGCAACAGAGAAAGGAAAUUGAACGGCAGAUAGCCCUGGUUGGGCAUGAUGGAACGGCUCAUCUGAAGGAGAUGCUCCAUGAACUGAAAGAACAGGAAGAGAGAAACGAGGAGGUUCUGUACCGACUCAGCACUCAGAUCAAUGCACUACAUGGGAUGAAAGAUGCGAAUGUUACUUCAGACCAACUAGAAGACAGAAGAUCACAACACGUCACCUUUGACCUCAUUUCCUCCGUAGAUGGCCCACUCUCCAGCCAGAUAAGAUCUUUACAUCUAGCAUACAUACAGUCCGGCGGUUCUGAUCCAGAGGUUCUGGCCCACCUGCAUGACCUGCAGUCUGAGGCUCACACCCUGGAGCAGAGCAGACCUGCAGCUGAGCACCGGAGACGGAAGAAAAGACGACUGAAGUCCUCUGAUCCAGCUCUGGACUCCAGUAUUCUGGCAGUGGAGCACGAGAACCAGCAACUGGAGGAGCAGAUCCUCAAAUUACAGCUAGACCGAGAGAGACACCGAGGAAGAGCAGCUGGUCUAGACCUGGAUCUGAUCCAGAGGCACCACACCUAUCAGGUUGCCAACCUGCAGGCUGAGAUCUCCAACCUGAGGAGAGAAGUGGAGAAAAGCAGGGAGAGAAAGACUUGUCUUCUUGCUCCAGAAUACACUUCACAGCAGCAAAGACAUUUGUUUGAUUCAGUGGACUCUCUUGGUCCUGCUCCUUAUGAUCCUGUGUCUGGAUUUGUGAUCUUCUAUGACAUGGUCCUUGGCGUGGAUGACACAUUUAGAACAGUUCAUCUGGUAGCCAGGCUAUACUCUGGGGGGCAAGAAAUCGGGCGACCCACCCCUAUGCCACCUGUUCACGGCCAGCCUGCUGGGGCUUUAGGCUAUCCACCGAGAAGGCAUGCUGGAAACUACGCCUUACUAGCUGUCAAGCAGCCUGUGCACAGCGUGCAGCCGUCUCCGUCUCUCUACUUGGUGGUGGAAGUUCAGGUUGUUGGUGUUUUUGAAUUGUGUGAUCAAGAGAUGCGAGGCUGGUCCAAACUGCAGCUCUUUGACGAUCACAAUCAGGUUCAGAGCGGAUUCUGGAAACUUCCUUUCCGCUCUCUGCCUGUGAGGCCGUGCCUCAGUGCGGGCCAGCUCAACUCUGUGCCUCAGUUGGGUAACAUGGAGAUUUGCCUUCGUGUAGUUAAUGCCCGUGAUGGAGAUGUACAGUCACUUGCUAAAAUCGAUCCUAACAAUAGCAGACAGUACAAAUACCCAUCAACGGUCAUCUCACACUCGCGCACUGACCUGGAAGGACAAACAUCCCAGCCGAAAACAUUACACCUUUCAUCCAAUCCUUUUCUUUCUUCAUUGCCCCAAACCGAUCACGUGGAUCCUCCUCCUAAGGACAGUGGUCAGAGGUGAGAAUGAGAGAUGAACCCCAAACCAGCUGGAUCUGGGCUGUUGUGAAUAUGUAUAUGUUGAGUUCUGGGUCUCGGUCAUCCCUGCUGAUUUGUGGAGUGUAAUUAGACUGACAUGUUUACACAAUAGCGCUGUUGAAUGCUCGAUUCUGAUUGGUCAGAAGGUGUUGAUUAAUUUUCUAUGGAGUCAGUUGUACUGACUGCAAGGCAAAUCUCAGGUUUAUAUUUAUGUACUUGUUCUAAUGUUAUUGUUUGUAUAGUAACUCCCUCCACAGGCCCUUGACACUUUAUGUAAGGACAUGGUUGAAAGAAAAAAAAAAUUUUGGAAGGAGUCUACAGUGUCAAUGCUUUGCGACAGAUCUCUCUACAGCAUUAAAUGUGGAACAUGUCCUUGUUUAAUUGUUACAUUUUUUUUUUUUUAAUUGUUGGCAAAUUGCUGUAGUGUAAGAGGAAUAAAACGCUUGGGCGUGUGGUGGUGCUUUAUGCCUACUGUCAUUUGUGCGAUCAUCAGUUUGUUGUUUUGCAUAACUUGAAAUUUCUGAAUGAUUAUUAAUUUGUUUGUGGAUGCUCCCUUUUGAAAAGGAAAUGAUUCUUAUAUGUGAUUUGAAUGUGGCUUUAUCAUAAACUCACCCAAAAGAAAUAAAGAUGCCAUUGCUUUUUCACUA